GGGCACGAGAGCGGCUGCUUUCAGCCCCCUCUUCUCCCUCAGAUGUUAUGGAGCUGGGUCUGUCUCCACCUCAUCUCAGCAGCUCCCCAGAAGACCUGUACUUGGCCCCUGGGACCCCUCCUGGGACUCCCCCACUUCCCGAUGCCCCUCUGCCUGGGGAGGUGAAGAGGUCCCAGCCUCUGCCCAUUCCGACCAGCAGGAAUCUUCUUCGAGAGGAGGAGCUGCGGGCAACCUCUCUACCCUCCAUCCCCAACCCCUUCCCUGAGCUCUGCAGUCCUCCUUCACAGACCCCCAUUCUUGGGGGGUCCUCCAGUGCAAGGGGGCUGCUCCCUCGAGACACCAGCUGCCCCCAUGUAGUGAAGGUGUACAGUGAAGAUGGGGCCUGCCGAUCUGUGGAGGUGGCGGCGGGCGCUACGGCUCGCUACGUGUGUGAAAUGCUGGUGCAGCGAGCUCAUGCCCUGAGCGAUGAAAGCUGGGGGCUGGUGGAGUGCCACCCCCAUCUAGCACUGGAGCGGGGCUUGGAGGACCAUGAGUCCGUGGUAGAAGUGCAGGCUGUCUGGCCUAUUGGGGGAGACAGCCGCUUUGUCUUCCGGAAGAACUUCGCCAAGUAUGAACUGUUCAAGAGCUCUCCCCACUCCCUGUUCCCAGAAAAGAUGGUCUCCAGCUGUGUGGACGCACCGACAGGCAUAUCCCACGAAGACCUCAUCCAGAACUUCCUGAAUGCAGGCAGCUUCCCAGAGAUCCAGGGCUUUCUGCAGCUACGGGGGUCCGGACGGAAGCUUUGGAAACGCUUCUUCUGCUUCCUGCGCCGCUCCGGCCUCUAUUACUCCACCAAAGGCACCUCCAAGGAUCCAAGGCACCUGCAGUAUGUAGCAGACGUGAACGAGUCCAACGUGUAUGUGGUGACCCAGGGCCGCAAGCUCUAUGGGAUGCCCACCGACUUUGGCUUCUGUAUCAAGCCGAACAAGCUUCGAAAUGGCCACAAGGGGCUUCGGGUCUUCUGCAGCGAGGAUGAGCAAAGCCGCAGCUGCUGGUUAGCAGCUUUCCGCCUCUUCAAGUAUGGGGCACAGCUGUAUAAGAAUUAUCAGCAGGCACAGUCUCGCCACCUGCGUCCAUCCUGUGUGGGUUCUCCACCUUUGAGGAGUGUCUCUGAUAACACCCUGGUGGCCAUGGACUUCUCUGGCCAUGCUGGGCGUGUCAUCGAGAACCCCGGGGAAGCUCUGAGUGCAGCCCUGGAGGAGGCCCAGGCCUGGAGGAAGAACCACCGUCUCAGCCUGCCCACCCCAGGCUCAGGCACGAGCCUCAGUGCAGCCAUCCACCGCACCCAACCCUGGUUCCACGGACGCAUUUCCCGAGAGGAGAGCCAGCGGCUCAUCGGGCAGCAGGGCCUGGUAGACGGCCUGUUCCUGGUCCGAGAGAGUCAGCGCAACCCACAGGGCUUUGUCCUCUCCUUGUGCCACCUGCAGAAGGUCAAACAUUAUCUUAUCCUCCCGAGCGAGGAGGAGGGCCGCCUCUAUUUCAGCAUGGACGACGGCCAGACUCGCUUCACCGACCUGCUGCAGCUCGUGGAGUUCCACCAGCUGAACCGCGGCAUCCUGCCCUGCUUCCUGCGUCACUGCUGUACUCGCGUGGCCCUCUGACGGCCGCUCCCAGUGUGGCCCCGGAGGUGCAGAAGCUCGCCGAGCAUCGGAGCGCACCCCUGCUCCGGAGGGAGUUUCUGCUUUGCUCCUUUGCCUCCCCCUCAGGCAGAAAGAUUCCCCACCCCCCACCUCUUUCCUCAAGAAAAGACACUGGGGGUGGCCCUCCCCUCCGUGGAGCUCCUGGGCAC